GGGAGUCUGGAUUAGUAUAUAAAGCACGAGAAUUCUAGGAAUCCGACCAAUCCACAGAGGUCACGCGAAACAUCUCGUGAUCUCGCCGUCCGACAAAAAAGCCAAAACAAAACAAAAGGAUGUCUACGACGACGCCGGCGACGGUGAGGUCUUCUUCGGACGACGGAGACGGAGGCAUGGACCUCCGGCGGCCGCUCGUCCCGGCGGUGGGGGGCAAAGCCGAGAAGCUGACCGUCGACGACGCGUUGCAGAAAUACUGCGGCGAGUUCGGGUGGUGGCAGCUGCGGCACUUCGUGUUAACCAGCCUGGCGUGGGCGCUUGAGGGGAUCCACACCAUGGUCAUGAUCUUCGCCGACCGUGACCCCGCCUGGCGCUGCUCCUCCGCCGCCUGCUCGGAGGCGGCGACUGGGAGCGUGUGUGGGCUUGAGCCCGGGUCCUGGGAGUGGGACGGCGGCGACGGGAGCUCCACGGUGUCGGAGUUUGGGCUUAUUUGUGGGCAGAUAUAUCGGGUUGGCCUCGUCCAAUCGUUGUUCUUCGCCGGCUGUAUGAUCGGUGCUGGAGUGUUUGGGCAUCUUUCAGAUUCAAGAAUGGGGAGAAAAGGAUCUUUAACGAUCGUUUGUAUUAUGAACGCCGUUUUUGGAUGUUUGACGGCGUUCUCUCCAAACUACUGGUUCUACGUUGUUCUCCGUCUUUUCUCCGGUUUCAGCACCGGCGGGACAGGUCUCUGCGCGUUUGUCCUGGCGACGGAGCCCGUCGGGCCGUCGAAGCGGGGACUCGUCGGGAUGUCAAGUUUCUACUUCUUCUCCGGGGGGAUAGCGCUUGUUUCCGGGAUAGCUUAUAAGUUUCAGACAUGGCGGGCGCUUUAUGUGGCUUCCUCGAUUCCGUCCAUUCUUUUUGUCUUCCUCGUACUUCCUUUUCUUCACGAGUCGCCGCGGUGGUGCCUUAUUCGAGGGAGGGUCGGGGAAGCCAUGAAAACCAUGCAGAGUAUUGCGAGGGUGAACGGGAGGGAGCUACCGGAGGAUGUGGUUCUUGGGCUUGAUAGUGAAGUUGGCGGCGGCAGCGGCCGCGGUUCUUCGCAUUUUCUUAUUCCGACGGUCGUGGAGUCCAAGGAAUCUUUGUCGGGCUCACUCAUUGAUGUUCUCCGGUGUCCUCUCACUCGUGUCCGUUUGUUCCUUGCCGUCAUAAUCAACUUCACGUGCGCUAUUGUGUACUACGGGCUCAGCCUAAACGCUGUUAACCUCGGGACCAACCUGUACUUAAACGUCGCCGUGAACGCCGUCGCGGAGAUGCCGGCGUAUUUCUUGACCGCGAUCUGGCUAGACAGGCUUGGGAGAAAGCCGUUGGCGAUCGGGACGCAAUGGUUCAGUGGGCUGUUCUGCGUGGCCGGAAGUUUGAUGAAGGCGUACGGGACGUCGACGGUAAUCCCUAUGAUAUGUGGGGUUUUGGGGAUUUUCGGGAUGGCCGGAACUUACAAUCUGCUGUUCAUCUACACGGUGGAGCUGUUUCCGACGACGGUGAGAAACGCGGCCCUUGGAUGCGCCACGCAGGCGGCGCAGCUGGGGGCGAUUCUGGCGCCGUUCAUCGUGGUUUGUGGCGGAGGGAUUCCGUUUGCGGUGUUCGGAGUUUGUGGGAUUGCCGGAGGGCUGCUGGGGUUUUACUUGCCGGAGACGUUGAAUAAACCGUUGUAUGAUACUUUAGGUGGGAUGGAAGACGGAGAAGGCCGUGCAUGGGUUGCAUGAAGUGUACUGUUUUGUGAUUUUGUAAUGAACUAAUGUAUGAUAGUUUUUAUCGGGCCCGUGUUUGA